UUUUAGUGCAAUCGGUACAUUCAGUCACAAAGUGUAAAAGGUUACCUAUCAUAAAAUUGUGAAGAAAGAAAAUAAUUUUUGUGCUCUUGAAAGCUGUAGAAAAUAAAUAUUUUCUUUUAUAGUUCAGUUAUUACAAAAUGUCGGACAAAUUAUUGAAAAAGAAAGGAGACGAUAAAUACUAAAAUGUUCAUAAGGCAGAUUAUAAAAUAUUGGAGAUGACAGAAAGUGCCCUAAAAAAAAUCCAGGAUGUUGAAAGGUUAUUGAAAGAUCUAAACGUGGAAGAAGAAAAUUCUCUCAAGAAUUAUAUUAACAGAUGUCUCUAUGAUCAAGAAGAUUUAUUGUUUCAAUUUUAUAUAAUUUCUUGCCAAUUGAAAUUAUUAUUAAGUGCUAAAAUUUUAAGCAGACCUUAUUUAAAUAAAAUUUUGAAUAAAAUCUUAACAGAUGUUGGAAUAUUGGAUCCUUGCAACAGAGUUCAAUUAUUUUGUGCACUGCAUCCGCUAGAUAUUUUUCAGCUUAAUUUGCUUCUGAAAAAAGGUUUCGCGCAAUUCGGAUUGAAAAUGCCAAAUUUGGAGUACCGCAAAUUUAUUGCAGAUCCCACAAUUCCACUGCCGUACACUUAUGCAAAUAAAGAGAAAACAUUAAUGCAUAAAGCAGAAAGUGGUUUAUUCAAUAAUAAAAGAAAAAAAGGUUUAAUGGAUAAUCCUUUCUUGUUAAAAUUAUUUCUAAGAGCUGUAUGGAUCUAUAAAGAUGAAAUUUACAAAUGUUUUGAAAACAAUGAAUUAAUUCCAUUGUCAAUUUUAAAAGAUAUAGCUUUCAAAACAAAGGGAAAUACUACUCUGAGUAACCGACAAAGUACGGUUUUAUUUAUUGCGACUUGUUCAUUUACGAUUUAUUCAAAUCGUGAAAUAUUGCAAGCUUUGAUGGAAGUAUUUGAUGAGUCAUUUACACUAGAAUAUCGAGAAAAAAUUAUGUUUAAAUUUGCGGAAUUAUUCGAAACUGACGAAGCAAUGUUCUUAGAUUUAUUGAAUGAAAGAUCGGACACUGACAGUUCUGAAUAUCCAUUAUUUUAUAAUUCGGAACAAAUUACACCAUUUAGAACGGGAAGUGUUAAUACGUUUUUCGGACCACAAUACCCUAUAAGCAUUACCACAUCAGAGGUGCAAAAAGAAACAGGAAUCCGAGGAAAAUAUAAAAGAGUUCUAAAAAGAAAACCAGAUCAAAAAGCACAUGAUUGUGACGAAUCUGAUGAUGAUGAUGAUGAUGAUUCGACAUCAGAAUCUAUUGAAUCGACAAAAACUGGAUUAUCUUCCAAAAAAAGGAAGCCUCCACUUUCAACUUCGAGUGAAAGAAACGUCGAUUAUGGACAGGAAGAACAAAAAGAAACAACCACUUUAAAUAGUUCUCAAAUGAACACAAUGCCAUCAGAGAAAUCGUCAAAGGAUUCUGACAAUGCACAGAAUAAACAAAAUAAGAAAACUAUUUUGAGUACUCCUGUAAGGAGAAAAGUGUCAGCACAAAAAUCGUCCAAUGAAUGUAAUAGUGUGCAGAGAAAAGAAAAUGAAGUAACCGUUUCAAAAGUAAAUGAAAAAAUGGAGUUGGCUCCUUCGGGUAAAAUUUGAACCAGCAGUGGCACUACGAAAGAGUAACAGACUAAAAGAGGGAAAAAAGUAAAAACUCUUCCACCUAUUUUUCA